GAUUCAUUCUAUGCUGUUAUCAUAUGCGUCCAGGUCUUGAUGCUAUAGCUCACAACGCCUUCUAGAUGCUUAGCUGUACUCCGUAGUUGCAAGUAUAGCACUCUCUCCAAUAUGAGCUUCCCAACCUGACAUCAGCAUAAGUCGUAUGCUGAGGGCAGACGGAAAUCCCAAUCGACUUUGAUAUCCUCCUACCUGAAGGGAAAGCAAUGUUCCACUUCCCUCUACACGAUUUCCCUUUAGAGCUCGGUCCUGCUUCGAAUGAAGGCGCAUUAUGGACCAGCUACGAAAACGUCACCGGUCGCUGACUGCUGCAUCGGCCGCGGAUACGCCUAUUGCCGAAGAAAUACAUGCGUUGGUCCAAAACCUGAACGACACCCUCCCACUUUCCUCCGAACGGCACGGGUCCACCAUCGAUACACUCCAGGUCCAGUGCAAUGAUCUUCGACGGAUCCGCCAGAUAUUGAUCGAACAAGGGGACCAUGGAAGAGCACGAGAUGCUUUCCGUCAUGUCGGUGGUUUCAUCUGUCUCCUUGACACACUACGAUCGGUGUCAGGGUUUUACGAUGCUUCGAAACUCUCACGAGAUGAGCGCACCGAGUUUUUCGAACUUCUAAAGGCUACAUUUGAAGUUCUCUCCGAGGCACUAGUUGAUCAUGCUGGAAACAAGAGAUAUUUUGCAAAACGAGUCGAAGGAGGAGGCUGGCGAUCUCUGGAACAAGCUUUGGCGAGCACGGGUAUUAUCAACGCCUCGCAAGACGGCCUUAUGCACGUUCCCGGCCUCGAGCAGUUAUUUGGUUGUCUCCUGGCAUUUGCCCUGGGAGAAGAAGCCAUGAGUCGGGUGUUCCGAGAUAUCGAGGCACACCUCUCCCGCAUAUCUACUACCAUACACAAGCCGAUAGACGAUGGCAGUAUGAAGGACACACACUCGGUUGCUGACUUGACCUCACACAUGGUUCCUUUCCUCGAGAAAUUCUUUAGUGGUAAUGAGGUCGUACGAAAUCCGGAAGCACUUCUGCUCGCGUUCAACUUUUGGACCAUAUUAGUCAAAAGCCCACUGGAUCGGUCCUUGCGGUGCCUGUCCGUCGGAUUCUUACACUCUUUACAGAUCAUCACCACCCAAUCAACCCGGAACGCGGUAGCCGUUCACGGGACGGGUGUGCUUGGCCCCAUACUCCGGCUUUUGCUCGACGACGAGGCCCUUGAAGAGGAAAUUCAAGUUUUACCGCUGCUCGCGGACAGCAUGAUGCAAAUGGGCGUCACGAAGCUGGACGAUGCAUACUUUUUAUUUCGUCGAGCAAGCAUCUCGUCCGAGGCCGCAAACUUCACGCUCCGAGCCAUUCGAGUAUCGCGCGGCCCGGCUUUUAUCCAAUUUGACCUCAGCCCCUCAGGAUAUGCCUCCGUGGAGUUCUCUCGGCUGGGUCGUUCGUUUCCUCCACCCGCCUCGAGUGCGGGAUACAGUUUCUGUGCCUGGAUCUAUAUUGACAAGUUUGAUUCCUCCACACACACGACCAUUUUUGGGGCCUACGAUGCUGGUCAAAUAUGUUUCCUCCUGGCGUACAUCGAAAAAGACUCGAGACAGUUUAUCUUGCAGACUUCCCUUACGCAAGCUUCGUCACGAUCGAGUGUUCGCUUCAAAUCCACCACUUUUGAACCAGGGAGAUGGUACCACCUUGCCAUCGUACAUCGCAGACACAAAGCUACUACUCCCAGUCGCGCGACGUUGUAUGUCGACGGUCACUUCACCGAGGAGGUCCGAUGCCAUUACCCAAGUCGACCCGCCGCCAGGACGAUCAGCACGGAAAGUUUCGGAUCUUUAUCGGGAAGUUCAAGGCAAGAAGAACAUGUGCAGGCCUUUCUUGGAACUCCCCAAGCGCUGGCUUCAAUUGUUGGAAGCAAUGUGGUGAACACCAGAUGGUCGUUGGCAUCCUUCCAUUUGUUUGAAGAUGCCCUUUCCGAUGAGUUGAUUGCUGUCUACCAGAAGAUGGGACCACGAUAUUUUGGAAACUUCCAAGAUACUCUCGGUUCAUUCCAAACGUAUCGCGCUUCCGCAGAGCUGGGCCUCCUGAACGAUGCACUACACCCCAGCAAAGAUGAAAAAUCCGAGAUCGCAUCCGCCAUUAAACAGAAAGCUGCGAAUGUCCUGCCGGAAAGCAAGGUUAUGCUCAGCAUCUCGCCCCUAACGGUGUUAGACAGCGAGGAUCACAACCACAUCGAUGAAUCUGAACUCAUCAAAUCCCUCUCCCGUGAUGCGGCUCAUAACCUUCGAUCCUAUACUCUCCUGGAGGGUCAUUCGAUUGCGGUGAACGCUGCGAAUCCUUCUAUCAACAACUCCUUAUGCCAUCCCGACUCGAUCGGCGUCUUGACUGGGCAUCCAGUUGUUUGCAUUCCUCAUGGCAUUGAUGACGCUGCAUGGAGUAUCGGAGGCUGCACAGGCAUCGCCUUGAAACUCAUCCAUCUAGCAAAAUCACCGGAAGCCAUUGUCACCGCGGUGAAGAUUCUAUUCGCCCUUGUCGAAGAUCAUUGGAGGAAUAGUGAGGCCAUGGAACGAGAAGCCGGAUAUGCCGUACUCUCCGGUCUUAUCCAGGAUAAACUUGGCAUCCGCAACAUGAUUUCUCAAGGCGUUCCUCGAGCGGAUACGGGUCGGGUCGAUACCGAAGAGAUGGAAAGCCUUGCGGCCGAUAUCCUGGACGAAAUCCUUCGUUUUGUUGGCUAUGACCACGAGUCACCACAGGAAUCUAUUAUCACCAAUCCUUUGGCUUACCGAACGCUUCUUGUCGAGCCGGAUACCUGGCGAAGGGUUCCACUGAAGAUCCAACGAACCUAUUACGAGCAAUUCAUCCAAUUCGCGGAGAAUAGUAAACACCAUCGGUUCAAUAACAAGCGUCUGGUCCGAAUGCGCAUCAUCAAACGUCUCAUCGAAGCUUUAAAAGGGGAACGUUUCUCGGAGGCGUUUCCGGACUUUUUGAGAGCCUUCAAAACCCUCAUCAAGUGUAACAUGUCCCCCGAAAUAUUACGAAACUUGUCUCUCUUUAUCACCUUCGCCCUUCAUGAUGAGCGCUUCAGCUUGAAUCGUUCUCGCCGGCAAGGCGCACGGGCUCCGAACGCUCUCCAAUCUGUCACUCCAGAUCCGGCCACCCCACGGUCGGUCAGUCCGCAAGAUGACAGUGAUAUAGAUAUAUCACGCGAAGAGAUUGGUGUACGGAUACUCCAGCUGUAUACGGAGCUGACUUGCGAUCCGGGUUCGAUUGUUAUGUUAAAGCAAUUUUCCCGAUCAAUUACCAGCAAGUGGUUGUUCUCUCUCCUUGCCGAACGAGAUCCUCGGGCGGUCCUAUGCAGUACAAGAAUAUUCGCUCGUCUUCUCGUCACGAGCGGCACAAGCUACGUGAAAUCUUUCGCCGACCAUUCUGGAGGGUUCGUUAUUUUCAAGAGACGGCUCAGGGCAUGGUGGAAUAUGCCAGCCAUGUGGACGGUAUGCUUUGCCAUCCUCUUCGGUUGUGACAUUGCAAAAAUCGACUUCGAUGAAGACUUCAAUCUCGCAAGCCUUACGUCAAUCUUUCCCGUUGAGUCGAACAAUAUCAUGUUCCCUCAAAUGCUUCCGGUACUUUUCUCCAUGCUUGAAGCUGGCCUGCUAUCGCUAUCUUUCGACGAAGAGUCCACGCUAGCUCAGAAAGAUCAAGAUCCCGUCACAAGUGGGAAGAGCACGGAGACAAGUCAUCUGCAUCCCCGGUCGAUGUCUUUGGGCAAAGAUUCCCACGGUCUUAGUCCGAAGGACUCGCGGAUUCCAGGACAUGCGGAAGUGCUUCGUACCGUGAUCGAAUUUCUCACCGAACUCCACCUCAAGUCCCAAUCCUUCAGAAAUUUUGCCAUAUCAUCGGAUUAUGUGUCCCAACUGCUGUUUGCUCUAUACCCAGUAGCUGUCUCCUCGGAGAGGGUCAGUGCAGAGACGGAACUGCAUUCUCGAGGUCAAGUUCUUAGUUUCGAUGGCCAAGACAUCAACGUGCAGCCUCGGGUCGAUUCCGAGGAGUCGCAUAUUAUGCGGACUACUCUCGUCGAUUCCCCGCCGAGUCCAGCGACGCAAAAGGUAAUCCCUUUGAGACGAGGGUCGACUUUCAUUCUCCUUACUCCUCGCAAUGCUCCGGAUCACCCAGCCGUCGCUCGUCUCAACGCUAUCGUACGGCCGACCGAGCGAGAGUCUCGAUCGUUUCGAAUCGGGAAUGCCUUGGUCGAAGAACUUCUUAACGUGGUGAUCGCCGUAUUUUUGGAUCAGAUUCUCUUCCGACGAGAGUUCCCAGGCUUUGGCCUAUUCCUCAAAGUUCCCCCUGGAUUUGUGGAACAUCAGGCCUGCUUCCUGUCUUAUAUUCUCAUUCAAACGAUGUCGACCGUCUCGAAUAACCUCCGAUUGAACCAAAAGCUGGCCAUGGAACCUCGCGUUCUGAUGAAUCUCGCACGGUAUGCCUCCCAUAUGUGUGAGGCACUCUUCGAAGGUUGGUUCCUAGGGGGCGCGAAUCCGUUAUUGGACUUUCUUGGUGGACUCCUGGAAAUCCUUCAACGGCCAGAUGUGGCAGAAUCGAAGAACGUUCGCCUCUGCAGUUCCGCCGUGACAACACUGCGUUCCAUUUUCCUACGGGUCGUACUGCUGCAGCUGUCUGAGCUCAACCAAGCGAAGAAAGUCGAAUCUACCGCUUUCCUGUCGAAAUUGACCUACUGGCAGACCGUUAUCCUCUCUCCUGAAAAUCUUGAGGACCACUACCUGCGGUUGAUGAGCUUUCUAUUGUACACCAAACUGAUUGACAAAGAGGAGGGCAUCCGUCGGGCGGCUGCGGAUUUUUGGCGUAUGAUCCUCGUACAAAAGCCGGUCGAGACGGCUCAGAUGUUCAACAAUGCGACUUCUCCAGAGCACCGAGACCUUGCGAAUGGAUUUCGAAAGAUCAUCGAGCUUGAUAACGACGCAUUUCUCUCAUGGACGGAGUCACAUCGAAAUGACCUGAAUCAACUCUUCUUUACCAGCAUGCAGAAGAAAUGGGAAGAGCAUGUAGCGAUCGAGAACCUACGAUCGGAGGAAACCGCCAAAUCUCGGAUCCAACGGCGGCGUGAGCGGCUGAAACAAUGGAAUGCUGAAGAAAUCCUGUCCGACAAAAUCUGGCGUCGCCACGAAGCCGAAUCGGGGCUUUGGCGUCUCAAUGUUCACUCUGCCGAACGAGCAAGGCACCAGCGAGCGCUUCAAGACCAACAAGAUAAUUUUGUCGAGAAUGGAGCGGCUUUUGAGAGAAUGGGGAAAAUGAUGCGAGAUCCUGGCCAAUUGUUUGAGACAUCGCAACCGAAGAAAUGGCAGCUCGACGAAACUGAAGCGCGAGAUCGGGUGAGGCUCAAGAUCAUCCCUGAAACCAUCCCUCGAGAUGAUGAAUACCAGCCCAAACGACGAACGACUGGCAAUAUGGAAUCCAAGAAAUUGAGUAUUGAUACACAAGUGAAGCAAUCAACGAAGGAUAUGAUCGGUGUUACACCCGUCAUGGUCCAUCAAAUCGAUGAUCUUCCCGGACCCUCUGAUCCCGACUUGCCCGCGGCUCGGGAUGGAGAUGGCGAUGAUGAAUUCGAGAUGAUUGAUGAUCCAAAUGAAGAUGAAGAUGCCGCAGAGGACAAGAAUCGUAAAGUAUUACGCAGUCUGACACCCGGUGAUUCGAUCCAACACGUUUGCAACGUAUCUCGAAUUGUUGGCCUUGAAGCCCGCGAAGGGUUACUCAUCAUCGGAAGCACGACUCUCUAUCUUCUCGACAAUUAUUUUCACCGCUCGGAUGGUGAGGUCGUGAGUGUAGGGCAGGCUCCGCAAGAAGAACGGGAUCCAUAUCUUCAAAUCAUUCUUGGGCAGGAGAAGAAGCGGACCAGAUCCAAUGUGGUUGAUCAGACCAAGCGCCAUUGGUCUUGGCCCAGUGUCAUCAGCGUUUCCAAGAGGCGAUUCAUUUUCCGAGAUGUGGCCAUUGAAAUCUUCUUUGGUGAUGGACGAAGUUAUCUUCUAACAACGCUCACUCCUCAUAUUCGGAACGAUUUGUACUCCAGGCUCGUUUCCAAGGCGCCGCAGGUGAAUACACCCAUUUCACCAUCGAUCACGGAAGAUGCUUGGAGGCUCGAGGCGUUGAGAAAUCCUGACGAGGCACCCCAAUCGAUUGGGGCCAAGUUUGCCAAUGUCUUUAACUCCGUCUCAUCGAAUCCGGCCACCCGCAAAUGGGUGAAAGGGGAGAUGUCCAAUUUUGCCUACCUCAUGUGGAUCAAUACAUUGGCCGGACGGACGUUCAAUGAUCUGACGCAAUACCCGGUGUUCCCCUGGGUGCUGGCUGACUAUACUAGCGAAGAGUUAGACCUUACCAACCCCAAGACCUUCAGGGAUUUGUCCAAACCGAUGGGUUGCCAGACCGCCACCCGAGAAGCGGAAUUUCGCGAGAGGUAUCAGUCUUUCGCCGAGAUGGGAGAUCACACGGCGCAACCAUUCCAUUACGGAACGCAUUACUCGUCAGCCAUGAUUGUCACCUCUUACCUGAUUCGAUUGCAACCUUUCGUUGCGUCCUAUCUUUUGCUUCAAGGCGGAACAUUUGAUCAUGCGGACCGAAUAUUCCACUCGAUCGAACGGGCAUGGAUGUCCGCUUCCCGGGAUAACAUGACCGACGUCCGUGAACUGACUCCAGAGUUCUUCUACCUCCCGGACUUUCUCGCCAACGUGAACAAGUACAACUUUGGUCUCAAGCAGAACGAGAAGGAGAGGAUCGGUGAUGUCGUUCUUCCACCGUGGGCCAAGGGCAGCCCGAACAUCUUCAUUGCACGGCAUCGCGAGGCGCUUGAAAGUCCAUAUGUGAGCCAACACCUUCAUCUAUGGAUUGACUUGGUGUUCGGGUAUAAACAGCUGGGAGAAGCGGCUAUGGAAGCUACCAACGUCUUCCAUCAUUUGUCGUACCGCGGCGCAGCAGACCUGGAUGCGAUUGAAGAUCCAGUGGUGCGGGUGGCGACAACCGGUAUCAUUCACAACUUUGGCCAAACCCCACACCAAGUAUUUCAACGACCUCAUGUCGAGCGCGAGGAGGAUAAACCACGAUACAAGCGUCUGGAUAGUUCGGCAGAAUCCCUAGUCCGGCUUCCACAGCCCCUUCUUGACAGCCGUGAGGCUAUUACCUCUCUUCUUUAUUCAUCCAAAGUCGAUCGUCUCCUCUGCGCCGGUGCGUUUCGAUUAAACAUUCCACCAAUGUAUGACCGGUACAUGGAAUGGGGUUUUGCGGAUGAUAGUGUGCGGUUCUAUUCGUCCGACAAUCGUCGACUCCUCUCCUUGUUUGAACAUGUGCACCAGGGGCAGGUUGCGUGUGCACUGUUUGUGGAUGGCAAGACUUUGGUCACUGCCGGAACCGACUGUGUCCUCAUCAUACACAGUGUGAUCUCCCAAUCUCGCACGGUAGAUCUUCGAGCGCUUUCGUCACUGUAUGGUCAUCGAAACUCGAUCACCGCUCUUGCGGCGUCAAAAACGUUCGGCGCCCUUGUAUCGUGCGAUUCGAGUGGGAAGGUCUACCUAUGGGACUUGAAUCGGUUCGAGUUUAUUCGAGAGAUUAAUCACCGAGGCCAACCAGUGCAUUGCGCUCGUAUCAACAAUGUUUCCGGAGAUAUCGUUUUAUGCUCGGGAUCGCAUCUGCUCUUGUACACGCUGAACGGCAAGCUGUUGCUAGACCAAGAUCUUUGUGACACGGAGGAGAUCGAUGAUGUCGUUUCGACAUGUGCAUUCUAUGAAGGUGUUGGAAAUGAGUGGCUGGUGAGGGAGUUGAUGUUCACAGGUCACAAACGCGGAGUUGUCAAGGUCUGGCAAAAGGCCAUUGACACAUACGGAAAAUGGGGCUUGGAGUUAGUCAAGCGCCUUGAACAUGCGGAGUUUACACAUGGAGCGAUUCUAAACCAGACGCCCCGAAUCACCUGCAUUCUACCCAUUCAUCAAGUUGUAUAUACAGGAGAUGAGAAUGGACGAGUGUAUGAAUGGGACUGUAUGAAGCAAUCAUGAUCCGAUUCACCGUGACGCUUGAUAUUUUACUUUGUACAUAGCUAGUCGAUUAAGCUGGUCACUGGUCAUUGGAUCUACCAUCGCUCUACUUAUUUACCAAUGCCAAUUUCCGUUACAUUCUGUGUCAAUGGUCGACCAACCGUUUAGGGAAUCAAAAUCAGUUGUCGGCAAGAUCACCGUGGAACUUUACGAAUUAUCGACGACCAUGACGACCAUGCGGAUCACACGGAAGUCUAGCUAUUAAAGUAGUUCCGUCCUAUCCACGACUUCAAAUCUUUGAGGCCUCAAGGACCCUAUCAAGCACCACGUUACGGUACCGCGAUACCUAACGAUCACGGAGUGAAGGAGCG